AUGCCACCGCCUUUACCCCGGCCCCCCACACUAAACAGUACAGUUGAAGUUACAAAAUACCUCCGUUCCCGAGACCUGCCUCUCCCGAGUCUCCUCUCCUUCGCCGAGAGAGUCCUACAAGACAACAAACUAUUUUUCCCGCGGAAGGAAGAAUGGCUACUAGAGUGGUUGGUACAACGCUUGGGCGAGAAGGGCGACGGGAGCGUCAGUGCUAGGUGUGAUCCCAAGUUCUGGCGGAUGCUGUUGAAACUAUUGCGCACCUCGUCGCAUGCUUCCGUCGCAACAAUUUUGAAGAAGCAUAGCUUUUUGCAGGUUGUUGGGAAGACACUAUCUGACGGGACGGCGCUGCCUGCUGUGGUGGUGGGGGAUGAGUUUGAGGUUGAUGAGGAUGCGAUGGAUAUCGAUCGUGGAGAGUCGUAUCAUACGCCGCGGGAAGAACUAGAGUCGGUGGAGUCCAGUGGGACGGAGGAGGGGUCUCCGGUUGUGGAUGGAAAAGUGGAGGCUUCGGUGUCGAAAUUGCUGCCGAGUGUCUAUCAUGUUCUGUCGUAUCUGCAAGAGCAAGCAUCUGGCCGUGUGAGGAGAGACAAUGGGGUUGUCGCAACACUUCGUGGGACACCGGAGCUUGGGGCUGAGAUUCUUGGGUCGUAUUUCGAGGCUUGUUUGGUGUUAUUAGAGGCUGGAAAGACUGUUUCCGAAGAAUGGACGCGAUCCGUUCUCAAUGUGUGGAAGAGUUGCAUCUGGGGAAAUCCUAAUUCAAAGAAGGCGAGUUCCCUAUUAUUCCGGGCUUUGGCCUUCCAACCUCCGCAGCCAACAUUACAGCCAUACCUAGAGGGACUACUUUUAGAAUUCAUUUUCACACCGAGAGUAAUAUUCCCAAGCACCCCUGGGAAACCAUCCAAAGCAUCCUCCACAGAACUAAUGGCGCUCAUGGAACCACUAAAAUCACAAACCACUGGCAGAAUCCAACUUUUCCACCUCGCCAUAGGCCCGCAACUCCGUCGAAGCAAGUCAGACAUCGAAACCGUCGAGACCCUAAUGCAGGCGAUAAUACCCUUUAGUUACGCAAAAAAAUCUCCGGAACUCUUCGCAGACCUACUUGAGUUGCUGGUGGAGAAUAAUAUUGAUCUCUCAUCUGAAACUUUAUCGCUUAUUGUUGACGAGACGUCAGGCCUUGCGAGUGGGAGGGCACGGGAUGUGAGGUGGAGGCUGAUUGACCUGGCUCUGAAACUCGACUUUGACAUUUUUCUAGGAAGGAAUAAUCAACGGCGCGGGGAUAAUCUUAUCCAUGCUAUUGGUCACGCCGGCGUUGGUGACAAUAACGAGCAGAUCCUCAAGACGCUAGAAGCCUUAAUCGAAAGCUAUGCAAAGGCUCGGAACCUGGGUGGGUUUAUCGAGAUAUGGGUAAAAGAAUUACGAUCACAAGCUGCACUGUGGGAGGAUGAUGCAGUAGCAAAAAUGAUAGGAGACAGGCUUGAGAAAAACCUCUCGAGCUUCCAAAUAGAAAAUAUCUUCAAAGAAGUUUGCGAAGCGGGUUCGGAUCUUAAUUGGGUCCUUAUUGAUGCGCUACUGCGAGGCGUGAGGACUGAAGCAACUGAAGCAAAGAUUAAGAAGUACCUACCGAAGCUUGUGAGCGCUGUGGAGGUAUCCACAGGCGGAUGGCGGAGGUGGAGGGUGCUGCUUAGGGUGAUACAGAUAGAUAAGACCGCUGUCGAUCAAGGAUUAAUCCAACGAGUUAAACCUGGUACGAAGAGGGAUGUCGACCCACAGGAGACGUUGUUCUUUAAGGAAUUCCAGAUCGCUCUCUCCGGCUGUAUCGGUGUGUCCUCUCCAGAGGAUGCUUUAGACCUUGCUUUGCCGUCUACUAGUGGCACAGGGUGGACUGGUUCCGUGAAAGAUAUAAACAACAUGAAUCUCUGCCUAGCACUAAAAACGGGGUUUGUCAACAACUGGUUGGAAUCGAUCGAGCAUAUCGGAAGCCUCCCUGUAAAGGAGAGAUUCAUAGACCACUUUCUAGAUAUGGCGUUGCGUACUAAAGACAGCGAAAAGUCACUGAUCACCGCCCGGAGUCUCUGGUUGAAUAUGUUGGCUGAUGGGGAGUUUUUCGAGCUUCCGACGCUUAAAAGUAAAUACUCUAUAAGUUUUACCUAAAAUGCCUUCACGUAUUUCAUACUAAUUCCACCGGACAUCUAGACGUCGCAAUGGCCGGUCUCAUCCGUCGUCUACGGCCCUUCUCAGACAUGGACUGCACCUCCCAAUCCUUAGCCGAGGCCACAAAACACCGACAGGGAAUGAACGAUGAAGCCAUCCAACGAUACGCCUUCGUAAUAGAUAGCAUAGCACACUAUCCUCUCGAAGCAAUAAAGCGGGCAACCAGAGAGAAAAUCUUAGACACUUUAGUUCUCCUCACCUCUAGCCCCACCUCGACCAGUAGUAAGCCUUCCUCCGAGUUAGAUUCCAAGGCGAUCCAAAUGAUGGAUCGACUCUGGACGCUCGGAAACGCUAGUUCGUUCUUAGCCACUGAUGCUACGGGGUUUGUGGAAUGGGCCGGUAGAAAGGGUGGGGAUAUCGCUAGGAAGAUUCUGAGGCACACGUUUUCAACAAAAGAGCAAGAACGCAGUCGGGAGUUCCUAGUGAGUGUGACGAGAGCGGUAGAUGAAAUGCCAUUAUCUGUGGUGGAAAAUUCACAGAGAGCAUCUAUAAUUAUUGAGGAGUUUUGGAAAGCUGGCCAGGAGGAUGCCGUACGGGGGUUGAAGGAUAAGUUGAUGGAUAGUCUAGAGGAGUUAUUAACGGAGCCCGAGGGUGACGGGGGUACUCUCCCUGAUGUAAAUUUCCUGCAGAUAUGGCGUAGGUGUUGGGCCCUUGAGCGAGGCGGCCAAGGGGGGUGUCGGACAGGUAUAAAAUUCCCCUUGGAUACUUUCCGCAUUUUAAUACACGACUGACAUGCAUUUAAAGCAAUGCAAUUUGCCCGGUAUGUAACUCAUUCAGCAAUGGAGCAUGGUCUAUCAGACCUUUUCUGCGACAAAGUGCCGGCGGGGGGGGAUGAAGUCCUCGGAGUUGUUAGAGAGGCCUGCAUUCUUUUCUGCGCUUCUUCGGAAACCUCCGAUCAGGCGAUAGAAACUACAGCCCUGGUUAUGAGUAUGUUAGGAUCUAAGUUUACUAAGACGAUGGGCUUCAAUUCCAUAGGGAAUAACCAUCCAGACAGGGAUGGAUCUGGACAGGAGUUGAUAACCGCAUUCGAAAAAAUGACUGAGAGACUUAAGCACGACGCCUUCGAGAAGUGUCUUGCAGCAAUUGUCGAUGGAUAUCUACUAGAUAUCCCGGAAGACCCCGCAUUCAGCCCAAAAUAUAGAGAAGUCUUAAAAACCAUAGUCGGGAGCAUCAAAAGGCCCGACGACGAGCCCGCCAAAAAAAAAAUGGCCACCUGCAUCUCGAAAACCUUCUCGAAACUCUCCCGAAACCUGCACAAAAUGCCAACAGUAGAGGACUUCCUAACAGUAACAAGGUGUAUGGAGGUAAUCCUCCGCGAAAAACCCCUCCUCUGGUCCGCAUUUCACCGCUGCUAGCCCGGACGAGAUAUACCUCGCAUUAUGCAACCUAACACGCACAAUCCUGACCCUCCACCGCCGCCGGAUUCGUGGUGGACGGUACCACCUCGUGAUUACUGCUCUACAAUCGCUCCUCCAUUGCAUAAUCAAACGAAAGCCCGCUAGUCUUCGCAAGAAGUCCGACAAGACAGUUCACCCUCCUUGGCUACUCCCCACGCACUCCCCCAUUCCCAAGCAACUCCUUCAGGGGAUAACCCCAGCAGGAGUUAACGAAGGCUUCAAUCGUCUUCUCGGGGCGUUUUGUGAGCCGUCGGUCGGAUCGGUUAGACCAAGACAUGCGGGUGCGAGGGCAGGAGUGGACAGCGAGCGGGAAAGGGAAAAGAAGGAAGUCGCGGGAUGUGUUGGCGGGCUGCUGGCGGAGGUGCUGAAAGGCGGUUUAAUGGGUGGAUUUGAAGGGGAUGUUUCGGUUGGCGUUGGCAAGAUUUUUCAGGUGCUCGGUAGUGAGGGGGUGAAAGUUUUUGCGCACGGGUUGGACAGGGAAGGGAGGGCGAUGUUGAGGGGUAUGUGGGAGGAGCAUAAAAAAGGGGAGGGAGAGGAGAUGUGGUGAACGGGGUCGCUUUGGAGAAUUUUCGACAGAUAUACCAGGGGUUAUUAAAAGUGUUGCUGGAUUCCACGAGGAGUGGAAGAGAUAGAUGCGUAUUGCUGCUGAUGUUCUCUGUACUGUGCUAUUAGAAAUGGAAAUAUGGUUCUUUA